UUAUGAAUAUAAGAGAUUAUAAUUGUCCAAAUAUGACCAAACAUGAUUCAAAUCAGGUGCCUGACUGAUGGAAAAAUAAAAAAAAGAUGAGAAAAUCAGAGGAAUGUUUACCAUCUAAAAACAUUGAUUUCUUGCCGAUUUUACACUCUGAAAUCGAUACCAACCAUUCCUUAUAUAUAAUUAUUUCACAUAAAUGCAAACUUACAGGUAACGCUGUGUCAUAGCCAAAGAAAUCCUCUUCCAUUUCGAUGUUAUGUCAUUUUGAUUUUAUUUCUUGCUCCAAAAUGGACGAACAGACCGAAAGUACUCUCAAGGUCAAAAUAAUAUCCGUGUCACGUAAAUAAUGAUGCAUAAAUACAUUUCAUUCUAAAUCAAAACGAAUGCAGGAUAUGCAUAAAUUAAGUUAAGUAUAAAAUGAACAAUGUUUUUAUCACAGUUUCGAUAUGAUUAUAAAGAAUAGAUUUGUCCAGAAACCGUUUGGUUCGAGACUAUAAUUUAACGACAAAGAACGGAAAUUAACGAAUUUGAUACAAGCGAAGCAAAAAGUCAUAUAUUUCUCCAUAACCUUAGAUACAUCGCACUAAAGAUUUAGCUUGAUGAUAAAUCUAUUGUCAUAGGCUCCAAUGAUACCAUAGAUAUGGAUGAUAAUGAUGACAUUGGGUCAAAUGGACGUCCAGAAGUUUCCGGAAUUUCGGCGGUCAACAUUUCCGAUCCUUUGCCGAAUGGUGACGAUUCGGCCUUCGUAGAUGAAAAUGAAGAGCAGACAACAGUUAAUGAAAACUCGGUGCAACAUGUCACUGUAGAUGUUUCACAGGCAGAUCUAGUUGCUAAUAAUGUUCCUGUAUAUGUUGCAACUUCCCAGGGUAUAUUAUCAGCUGAACAACUAAAGACCACACACAUUGUUAUCCAUGAUCAGUCAAUGACUGUAUCAAACGGCCCUCCAAACUCAUCACUUGUACAAUCUCCACUAAAUAGCCCUGGACUUCCACCACCAACUCCAGCUACUCCCCUUAGCAGAGAGAAAGGAUUCAAAUAUCAAUGGGACGAUUCAGCGUUUCUAGCAACCCUUCCUAUUCGCUGUAAAAACACAAGCGGUGAACUUCACAAAGACAAGUUUGGUUCAGGUGGGCGGGGCAAGUGUAUAAAGACAGAUAAUGACCCAAACUGGUACACACCUACAGAAUUUGAAUCUGUUUGUGGGCGUGGGAGUAGCAAAGACUGGAAACGAAGUAUUCGAUAUGGAGGUAGAAUUCUCCAGUGUUUAAUUGAGGAUGGGAUCCUACAACCCCAUGCUACAUCUUGUACUUGUGCAGCUUGUUGUGAUGACAUCACAGUGACGGGUCCAGUCAGACUAUUCCAGCCCUACAAGAGGCGAAAGCGUGAAAGUUCAAGUACAUCAGGACUUGGGACACCUAUAAAGAAAGCUCGCCAGCCCAAAAUUCCAUCCCCAUUGGUGAAAGAUGCAACAUCAGUGAUGGCGGUUAAGCUUCCAACCAAUCAAGGCAACCAGCAACAGGCACAUCCCAUCCAAAUAGCUAGUUCAGAGACAGGUGAAAUCCUACAGAUCCUAGCAACAGAUUCGAGUGGAAAUAUACUAGCCACAGCUGGUGGCGAGUACCAAGACACCCAAGUUGUUGUGACUGCAGGUGGGAGCUCUACAGCAACUAGCCCUGCCAAGACCAAUGGCAUCACUAUACAGACCAACACGUCAAACAUCAGUGUUUCUCCAGAUGUGGCGGAACAGAAACACUGGUGGCAACUUGAAGAGAUGGCUAAUAACCUGAUCAGCAUGGCUCAACAGUUAAAGACACAGAUUGAGGAUGCAAAACAACAGAGUAUGGAACUAAGGGAGACAUCUAUUAAUCAACUGAAGGCUCAGUUCGAACGUGAAAAACAAGAAGCUAUAAGUGCUAUGAGGAUAGAAGGUCAGAUGAAUCUCUCAAGGACUGUUAUAGAGGAAAGGACCCAGAAAGAAAUAGCAUUACAAAAUGCAUUUGCUCAGGCAAGAGCUGAAAUGAAUGAAAGUGUGAGCGAUGUGGCUGAUAAAGUCACGUAUAGUGUCACAUGGGCACCACCUACAUCACAUAGAGAUAUAGGAACAAUUAUUGAUGGGGAGGACUCAGACCAAGAAAAAGAGAAAGAGUGAAUCUAAUUAAUACUUAAGUAUAUGGAUGUAGUCAGGUAGUACACCCACAAAUGUAAAUUUUGGUACCUGUGUACAAAGCAGGGUUAAGUCGCUUUGUUAUGAAGAAUUUUGAUAAAAAAAACUUUGCAACGAAGGACUUUGUGCCUGUGUAUCACCUCAAAAAUCCUUCUUUGUGGAGUUUUUUUUGUCAAACUGUUACAUAAUAAAGCAACUAAGUUGCUGUAUAAGUCUAAUCAAUCUGGGAGG